AUGUCCUCAGACCACAGCAAAAACCGCAAACACCACUUCAAGGCCCCCUCACACAUUCACCCCAAGAUCACAUCUUCCCCUCUCUCCAAGGAGCUGCGGCAGAAGUACCACCUCUGCUCCAUGUCCAUCCACAAGGGCAAUGAGGUCCAAGGGGUUCGAGGACACUACAAAGGUCAGCAAAUCGGCAAGGUAGCGCAGGUGUACAGAAAGAAAUAUGCCAUCUACAUGGAGCAGGUGCAGCAUGAGCAGGCUAAGGGCACAACUGUCCAGGUGGGCAUUCACCCCAGCAAGGUGGUUAUCACCAGGCUAAAACUGGACAAAGUUCGGGAAAAAAUUCUUGAAUGCAAAGCCAAAUCUCGACAAGUUGGAAAAGAGAAAGGCAAAUAUAAGGAAGAACUUACUGAGAAAAUGCAGGAAUAAAUGUAACCUGUUGUGCACCACGGUUUACCUGUAGGUUUUUAGCCUGGUGUGUAUUCCUUUAAAA